CUCCGUCCUAAAAUUAACUUCUCACUUUCCUUUUCGGGCCGUCCUGAAAUUAACUUCUCACUUUCUAAAAAAGAUUUAGAGAAUCCUUUUUUUCUCCAUUGUUAGUGAAAGUGAUGACAAGGCCCGACCCGAUUCCGGCCGGCGAAGAGCAGUGCACUAAAUUCUGCGAUCCGAGCAGAAACUACGACGGCCUCUGCCCAUUACUCUGUCUUCCUCUCUGUUUCUCCACUUGCGAGAAGACCUUACUCUUGCCUCACCGUCCGCCCCUCCUCCCGCUUCCACCGCCGCCGGACCUCACCGCCGCCUACUCCUCAUCCGCCGUCCAUACCGUAAGCCACUUUCGGGGCCCCGUCUUCCUCUCCAUUCUCGCCGCCGUUGCCGUCUUUCUCUCGAUUACUUUCUUCCUGGUGUACUACACAAAUACACAAUUGUGAAGAGUAGCGCUGGUGGCGGCGGCUCAAGAACACCGCCAGCGGAGGAGGAGGAGCAAGAAGAAGACGGCGACGUAGAAAGGUUGAGCCGCCACCAUUACAUCGGUGCUGCUGCAUCUUUACAUCUUUAAAUUGUCUCCAGUUAAUUCAUUUCAUGCCCUAUAGUUUGUAAUGGAAGGGGUAUUUAU